CUAUUUUUCAACAUGCUCAAGUCUACGUUACUUCGGACGACUGCUGUGCAGCUGCGCACGCCCACGACGCUUUCUACCGCUAGACUUCUGGCUCGCCCUCUUGUUUGCCGGGGUCUACAUUCUACUGGAUAUCUUCGUUCGGCGCUCUCGGCCAGUGCAAAGACCCGUGAAACCCAUACAGAAACCCGUUCGACCAAGUCUGAGACGAAGGAGGCACCAAAAGCAGAUCCAUUGACAACGGAGAGUGCGGUUAGCACGGUACCCACCAUGGUCCGAGGAGACUGGGUUCUAUUCCAUCCCGUUUAUUCAUCUGAAGAACUCAAGGCGGUCGAGGUUAUCCAUCGUGAACCAAAGACUUUGUCCGACAAGGCAGCGAGAGGAUUUGUCACCCUGGCUCGGAAGAUGUUCGAUUUGGUGUCUGGGUACAAGCAUAAGCCCUUGCCUCCGAACUACAAGGAUCUAACAGUUCAACAUCUGAGAGACCAAGGGUAUAUCCUCGACGACAAGGGCUGGCUUCGUCGUAUCCUCUUCCUUGAGAGUAUCGCCGGAGUUCCAGGCAUGGUUGCAGCCACCCUUCGACAUCUGCAGAGUUUGCGUCUUAUGCGUCGUGACAGCGGCUGGAUUCAUACGUGCCUCGAGGAGGCUGAGAAUGAGCGUAUGCAUCUAAUGACUUUCAUGACUCUUCGAAAGCCUUCGAUAGCGUUCCGGGCUAUGGUCCUCGGUGCUCAGGGCGUGUUCUAUAACCUCUUCUUCCUGUCCUAUAUAUUCUCUCCAAAGACCUGCCAUCGAUUCGUUGGCUACCUGGAAGAGGAAGCCGUUGUCACAUACACCAAAUGUAUCAAGGAACUCGAAGACGGUCUGAUCCCUGAAUGGGAGGGUAAACCGGCACCGGAAAUCGCCAUUGACUACUGGCGGAUGUCUCCAGACGCGAAGAUGAUCGAUUUGCUUUACGCUGUGAGGUCCGACGAAUCUACGCACCGAUUCGUGAACCACAGUCUCGCCAACCUUAACCAUGACACCGAUGUCAACCCGUUCGCAUUGCGCGAACCGGACAUGCACACCAAGGGCAAGAAGAUUGAGUUCGAACGCCAUGAAGCAGAGGCGUACAUCAAGGAAUCGCAUGAACUACUUGGAAAGAAGUAAACCAAUCUGUCCGCAGUGACUUCCCCUCCCCUCUCCGCCUAACGAUAUUGUAUACUCCUAAUAAUCUCGACGACCGCCAAGACUGGACUCUCCAAUGGACUUCUUUGGAUCAAAAUUUUGCAUCAAAUCCUUCAGUUCUUCGUCAUUUCACUUUAGACUCGCAUUUUUAUUUCUUAAUAUGUAGCAUAUGCCUAUGCCCCAUGUGGCUUCGAGGAAUUCAAUCUCCAGUCUGCACUCGCAA